CUGCGCGUGUCCCUGAGGUUCACGGGAAUUGGAAACUGUCCGUCCUUGACCAUCAACUACAGCUCAAGCAUAAGUCGUCAGCGGCUCAGAUGUAACAGCCUUUUGGAGCCGAGCCGAGCUCAACUUCGCUCUGUGCGUUUUUGAUCGUCUUUCUUCCGUCUUGCCCUGGUCAAAAAAGUUUCUUGACGAUGCCUCCUGCACGCCCCCGCAACCUCGACGACUCUAGAUCCGACGCCUCGAGCAUUGUCACCAUCUUGAAAGACAAAUCCUUGUUGGGACCGACCGGCGCAUCAGGUGUAUCCAAAAACAAACGCUCCUUACUCAACACGAGCGCUCCUAAUGGAUCAACCAAGGCUGCCCUGAACGGCUCUGCUCCCGCAGCAGUCGAGGCGGAGAGAGAUCCCAACCUGCCUCGGACAGAUUGGACUACGAUGCCAGUUCCCAUCCUCCGCACCUACAGAAUCGCCCAUCGUCUCUCGGUCGCUUCAGCAUUCAAUCACCCACACGCCGAAUUGACGUACACCUCUUCCGAUCUCGCUCUGCGCACCCCUUCAGCGGUAUAUGCUCGGCGAAAAAUGCACGAGCAGAAGCAACAACGCCGGAAACUUCAGUACGCACAGCAAAAUGGCAGCAAGAGUACCAAGUCUAAGGACAAGAGUAAAGACAACGCACCGACAUCCACAUCUGUGGCGCAGUCGGUAGAGGUACACGACCAGAGCUCCGAGCCCGGUGCUGAUGCGUCAACGACCGCUACGUCAACGUACCUUGGCCGGCGCGAACCAGCCUCGCACUUGGUGAAUGCAGUGCGCAAACAUUUCAAUGCUCAGCAGCUCAGCGAGGCAGAUACCAUUGCCCGCUUUAUAUAUGUCACCCAGCAGAACGGCAAGAGUGUAAGGACGGAAGGGUCAGCAGGCGACGGUACAGGAUACUUGAUGGGCAGCCAUGGGCGGCAAAUACGAAAGAUAGACGGCCCGGGUGGUGAAGUUGGCUUCAGGUUGAGGUUUAGACCAUGAUAAAUACUCUUACAGAAAUUUGGUGGCGUUGGGAUGAUGAUUGCCCAGUGGAAAUAAUGGAAAAGCAUGGUGGGCUCAAGGCUUGACUGCGUAUUAGACCUGGACCAAGGCGAAAACGGUAUGCUGCUUAGACCGUACAGGAGGGAUUAUCCCCUGAAAAGAGAACAGCAUUGGGUUGGUUGAAGAGAUAUCAUGGUACAAUUGGAGUCCUCUCUGGAAAGUGGGUUACGGUGUAUGUAGAAAAGAACAUUGUUGGGACUGAAUCUUGCUGG